AUCAGGUCUAUGUACAACGAAUGGAUGGCACAAGAAGUAAAAGAAUUAACUGCAGCUGGUCGAAUUAAACUUGAAAAUAAUGAAAUUAAUGAACACGAUCAAGUUGAAGAUAAUGAUGAUAUUUUUUGCGAUGAUUUUUUGCCUCAUCAAUACCUCCCACCUCAACAACGACUUCCGUUACAAGAUCUCCCACUUCAGCAACAAAAUCCUUUAUCUCAACAGCCAUUUCAACUUUCGCAAGUUUUUCCACCCAACCAAUACCAACAAAACCGUUUACCUCAACAAGACCUUUUACCUCAACAAUAUUUUUUGCCCGAGCAAAGCUUUCCAUCUCAAUUAGAUUUUUUGCCACAAGGUUUUUUAGCCCGACAAAAUUUUUUGGCUCAAGAAGAGGAAAUCGAAUCUUAUUAUCAGGAUGAG